UCUUAAUGCAGGACACUUCGCAUGUCCAAGAUGGAGGCGAAGACAUCAUUACUUGAUAACAUGAUAGGGGUUGGGGACAUGGUGCUGCUGGAGCCCUUGACCGAAGAAUCCUUCAUUAACAACCUGAAGAACCGCUUUGAACACGGCGAGAUCUAUACCUACAUCGGCAGUGUGGUCAUCUCCUUGAACCCCUAUAAACCCCUCCCUAUCUACACAGCUGACAAGGUGGAGGAGUACCGGAACCGGAACUUCUAUGAGCUCAGUCCACACAUUCCUCAGGGACCCACAGAAGGUCCACGUUUUUGCUCCCUUCCAGCUCCCUGCCUAACAGUCCACAUGUUUUUGCUCCUCAAGACCCGGAUUAGGAAACGAUGCUUUACAGCAAAAUGUCAUUGUUUUGCAAUUGAUCAUUUAUUUCAUUACCACAUCCAAAGAUGUACUUCAGCACAUACUGCUGUUUUAUUGUUGAAGCUGGUAACCAAUUAGUGAGAAAAACCCAGUGUUAUUGGAUGAUUAAAUGGUCAUGGUCUUUGUACCUAAUGGGAUGGGAAUAAAACCUAUACUGCAUAAAUGUCGCUGCCAACUUGAAUUGUGAAAGUGUGAGGCAGACCAACAAAAGAAAAGGACUGUAGAUCAGGGCUAGAUGUC